CUCAAAGAAAUUUUAACAAAUAUUCAAGAAUUAUUUAUGUUACGAUUUGAAAGUCGUGUUAAAAACGAAGGUCUUGAAUCUUUUGAGAAGAUUAUUCCCCGUAAUGCUAAUACUGAAAUAGCGCCAAAGGCCUACAUUGAUGCGUUGCUUAAAAUAUUGCUUGAAGUACGCAAUAUGUAUAAAGAUAUGAUUGUUUCUUUCCAAAGUGAAGCUAAAUUUAAUGAAUCAAUAAAUAAAGCGUUCGUAGAAAUUGUAAAUCGCAACCACGUUUGCAAGCCCUCGACGAGUAAAUCUCCAGAAUUAUUAGCUCGGUUUUGUGAUUCUUUACUUAGAAAGAAAUAUGAUGAAAAUGACUUUGAAAAUGAUCUUGAAAACAUCAUGACUAUAUUUCACUUUGUGGAAGAUAAAGAUGUUUUCAACAAAUACUAUUCAAAAAUGUUGGCAAAACGUUUAAUAAAUAGGACAUUAAAAUCAGAUGAUGCAGAACAAAGCAUGAUCAAUAAGUUAAAAGAAAAAUGUGGCUUCGAAUAUACAAGAAAAUUUGGUCAAAUGCUUGCUGACAUAAGUAAAAGUAAAGAUCUCAAUAAUAAAUUUAAAGAAUACUAUUUUGCAAGAGCUGAUUAUCAAGAUAAUGUUUCUUUUCUUAUUUUGAGCACUAUGAAUUGGCCUCUUCAACCAUCACUAACAAAUAUCACUAUACCAGAAGAACUUGAAAAAGUUUAUGAAAAUUUCAAAAAAUUUUAUAGAAUUAGUCACUCCAAACAUAAACUUAAUUGGUUAUUCCAUCUUACAAAUGGUGAAUUAAAGGCUAAUUAUUGUAAUUCAACAAAGACAGGCUAUAUAUUCAUGGUAUCCACAUAUCAAAUGGGCAUUCUCUUGCAAUACAAUAAAGAUAUUUCAUAUACAUUUGAAGAAUUAAUGCAAAAAACAGAUUUAGAUUAUGAUUUUUUAACUGCUAUCUUAAAAACUCUAGUUCAACAAAAAAUUCUCAAAUUAAUUAUUGGUACUGAAGUUGGUGAUCCUUUAUCUCAUUAUGAAUUGGAUAUGGACUUUAAAAGCAAUAAAUAUCGUGUUAAUUUAAAUAUUCCGAUUAAAACUUUAUCUGAAGAAGAGGAGAAAAAAGAAGAAGAUCAUAAAGUUAAAGAAAGAAUGCUUUUGAUACAGAGGACUAUUCUUAACACUAUGAAAAUCAGAAAAACUUUAAAUCAUAUUGGUUUGGUUAACGAAGUAAUUGCAAAAGUUGUUGAUCGCUAUAAUUUCAGACCUACAAUAAUUAAUAUUAAAAAAUGUAUUGAUAUUUUGUUAGAAAAGGAAUAUAUUGAACGUGUAGAAGGAACUAAAGAUAUGUUUCGUUAUGUAUAUUAA